AUGGAGAAUGGCGAUAGCGAGUGUUGGGAAAAAAGAGUGGUAAUAUUCGCAAUGUCAACUAAGAACUACGAAAUAUCAGGUCAGUCCAAUAUAUAUGCGAAAGUAGUGGCGGAGUAUUUCGGAUCUGAAGUACAUGUAAAUAAACAUGAGGCGCUGCGGACUAUGGGAAAACAUGUAAUAGCGCUGGCUACGAUUGGGGCUAGCAAGACAGGACGGGACACGGAUAGGACAAGUGCGCGGGAAAAUAUCAGGUCCGAUGCGCGGGAAAUGUCAGAUUGUGCUAUACUGCAUGCAUGCGAUACUUACAAGUCUGUCGUCGCCGAGUUGAGGGCUGUAGAUGACGCGAGACACUGUCUGGUUUAG